AAGCAUUGAUCUUUUGUCACUUGGAUCAGAGUACCACAUGCACAUCGAAGUCAACUAAAAUCGUGUCAAAGUCAAAAUUUCGUUUGAAUCACUUUCAUUAUUAGUCAAACAGAACACGGUUUGAAAUCAGGCAUAAAGUCCUUCGUUUUUAAUUGAAACAGCUGGCUUUAUUGUACUCAUAUAAUAAUUUCUACAUUUAAAGCUUUCACCAGAGUUCAAUCAGCGUUGGCUCUUUUUGCUGUCUCUCCAAACUCGGUCUACAUUGAGUUUGUGGGUUUUCCCGCGGAAGGUCUAAGAGCACAUUUUUUUUGUCACAAGUUUCGCAAUCCUGAUCAAUCGAGGGAUCCCCAUGAGUCAUAGACCAAGAUCUCGCGGAUUACGACCAGGACCAGAUCGAUCGAUUUAAUCAGUUCAUUCAUCGACCGAACCUCAACAACAGUUGACCAUCAAGCGGCCGUGCAUGUCCAGAACACAUACAUCAGUUUCGGACACUUCAAAUCAUUCAGUUUGUACUUGAGCAUCAACUGAAACUUGCAACUUAAAACACAACACGAGAGCAGUCUAUUGCUCUUUACAAUCAGUUCUCUUGAGUCAUUAAAAAGGUGCCCUCAACAAUCUGUGGACUCGAGAUUUCUUAUCACCAGCUUCAAACCGUAAUCAAAUGCUUUCGUGGCUUGGCAAGCUGUGGUCCAAACUCUCCCGACCGGCGACAACGACUCCUGCAUCGAAUAUGGACACCGAAGUCCGCAUGGGCGACGUCGAUAGCCCCUCGGCAGUCUGGAUUCCGUCACAUCAUCUUGAGCGUCAUCGGAGCUUCAGACGACAGCUAUCGAGGAAGCUGAGUUCGCGCGCCAAACAGCUCGGUGUCUGCAACUCGACUGCCUGCGCCAUCGCAGUGUGUUUCAUUUUGGCGUUUUUUGCGCUGAUCGUGUCCUGCUUUACGUUCUAUCUCUACGUCAAAAGCCAUGGACUUGGGCAUGAGAUGGAGGUGGCAAGGGAGGCUUUCAAUCCGCAUUCAGCGAGUCACUACAGGGAUUCACCCCCACCCCAAGUUUUCGAUGGUCUCACAACAGAGAUGCCACAACGUGCAGGGAAUGGUGACGAGGAAUCAGCGAAAUCAGCAUACGCGCAUAUUGUUGGCAUUAGCGAUGGACCAAGGCAAAAUGAUGAAGAUUUUGGUUGCUUGAAUAUAUGGAAAGUCAACACAACGCACAACGUGAAAUUCUUGAGCAGUUACGGUAUUGAGAUCCUCGAGCCCGGCUUUUAUUACGUCUAUACACAAAUAUAUUUCAGUGAUCCAGAGACCGACGCUACCUACGACUCAAGAACUGGCGCCAAUUUGCCCAUGCGAUCUACAACCAAUCGCAACCAUGUUCCACUGAUGCAGAGCGUCGCCCCGUUCAACGAAUACUCGACCAAGUACCACGGCGGCGUCUUCCACCUAGAGAAGGGCGAUAAGAUCACCGUAAGCGUAUCGGAUGAUGAUCUCCGGAUCAACACCGGUAGUGAUAAGACUUUCUUCGGUGUGUUCAUGCUCGGGUCAACCAAGCCAGAUCAUGGGGCACCAACAAAAAGAUGAACUUGCCUUUGAACUCUUUCGUGCGCGUGCGCGCGGGAAGACGGAUUUAUUUAUAUAAAAAACAGUAAAAUGUGAGGAAAAGAAGAAUAGAUUUCCUUUGUGCAAUAAUGCACAGAGUUAUUUUGAUAUAACAUGUGCCAUCUAGCACAAACUAUCUUAUUAAUAUGAUGCACUUUUGCUUUGCACGCGGAAAUAGUAUGAUGGGGAAUCCCCUUGAGUACUCUAUUGCUCUUUAAAUAAUGCUCUAAAAAAAAUCAUGCUGAACCGGAAGGGAAGGUCAUUGGGGUUAUAGGGUAGUAUCAAAGGACUUCUGACAUGUCUGGAUAAAUUGCAAAGAUGCAGUGUAUAGGAGAGAUGGAGACCAGACUUUCCCCAGAAUAGAAUACCUCUAUGAACUGGGACAUUUGUUAUUAAAGGGUUUUUGUCACAUUAUGAUGGUAUACCCAUUUAGAUUUAAAUGGGAAAUAGAGCUUUAAAUUUUCAAGGAUUUUUUUUUCUAUUUCUUAUUCUUUUGAAGAUGGACAAUGACGAGAAUGUUGAUAAUGUUUAUGACUUGUUCCUUUUUUGGAAAUUAAUUACAGAUACCUUGUUUAGAAUGAGGGGAAAACAAUAAAAAUGCGGAUAAGUUACAGUUUGAGAGGUUAAGCAUUAAUGAGAACUUCUGAGGAGACUUUAAUCUUAUUUGCAUUUUUAACUUGAUUGUUUAUUAUUAUGGGGUUUAACCCGUCUUAGAAACUCUCACUGUGUAACGGUGAAUAUUAUACCUGUGAUCUGAUAUUCAGAUUUAUAAUUAUUGUUGUAUGGUUUUGUUUAAGAACGCUGUAUAUUUGUCAAAAUCUGACAACCGUAUACAGGGAAGUACAGGCUUUAAGAUUCCUUUUUUUUGUCAAAAUCAUUUUCAAGCAGAGUAAAUGAAAUUGUAAUAACAUUCACGUGAGCUUGGUGUCUCCAUGCUUUUAAUGUACAUUGUAUAUCGUGAAGAACCAUGUACCCCCCCCCCCCCCUGCGUACGCGCCUGGGUGAAAAAAGUAGGGUAUUCAUGAAAAUCGCUAUGAAGAAUUAAAGUUUACAAUGUUCAUGAUGAUUUCAAAACAUUCCAGAAGUUGGUCUGAUUAAAUUGCAUAAUUAAAAAAAAAAAUCAUUUUUAACGGUGAUCGUAUAUAAUAAUGGGGUGGCCUGUGAAAUAACGAGCUUUUAAAUCGUGUAAAUUCCGACACAUCCAUUUAGAUGAUAAAUUUUUAAUUAUCCUGAUUAUAAUCAUGAUAAAAUGUGCACAGUCUUGCCAAAGUAUAUACUGCCGUAUAUAUAUAUAUGCGAUGUUGUAAAAGUAUCAAUGAGUAAAUUAUUAUAUACACAACGGUCAACUCUUAUCAGCUAUACUGUUUUGUAUGAAAUGUACAAAAAUAUUGACCAAUAUCAUCGUGUGAAACAUUGUGAAAAUAUACGUGUUCAUUGAACAUUGAGACCACUACCACUAUGACCAAAAGUCAUGAUCAUUGGUAUAUCAUGUAUAAUUAUUUUGUUGUGUAAAUGAUUGUAUAUAUGAAAGUUGUAUAUAUAGAUAUUUUAUUUUUUUUGACAAGUACUAAAUUUUGUGUACUCCAAUAAUCUAUUGCUUCAGUCAAGGAAAUAUUCUUUAUCUUCUUUUAGAUUAAGUUUGUUCUUAUACGAUCACGAUCGAUAUUUUGAUAAAAUCACCUGCAUUAAUUGCACGCAAAUCUGUUCGCUCAAAGCCUUCACCAAAUUCUUUUCCCGCAAAUGAUAGAAUAAGGGGUCUUCGUAUCUCAAUGAAUAAUUCAAAAAUUAUUUUUGUUCUAUUUACAUGUCUGAACUCCAGCAAAAAAAACAUUGAAGCGACCACUAUAAAUGACAAUUAUUGUCGUCUGACAAUAUUGCUCUUUCAUUCAGCUCGCCUCUAGAAAUUAUUUCUUUUUGUAAGGCAGGCCGAUCGAAGAGUGGGAGUUUCAGACUCUCAUCAGAUCUUUCACUUCCGCAUUGAAUCUGUAUAUGCGCUCUAUUAUUCAAGAUAAUUCAUGUCACGAAGAUGACAAUUUAUGUAUGUAAAUCUCCUGUAAACUUAUAUGUAUGUAUACUGUCAUCUUCCUGUUAGUAUAGUAAUUUAUUGAAGAGGUGUUUUUGCAAUAAAAGCAUGUGAAAAUAAAGAUAA